ACAAUCAAACAACAAGCAUCAAGCAACAACCUAAACAACCACACCGCACAGGAAGAAGAGGCAAGAUGGAUCUGAGUAACGUUGUAUUCAUCGAAAACAAAAAGAAGGGAAGAAAACGAAGAAAGGCGCAAGGAAGAACCACCAGAAAGAAGCCACAAAUGAUGGCGCAACUCCAUGGAAUUUGGUGGCACCGGGUCCAAACGAUCCGAGCGUAAAGCGACGAAACGGGAAGGUCUACCAUUAUUGCCACCACUGCAAGUUUUGGGCGUUGCACCAACCAGGCAAAGGGAAGAAUUGUAAACAAGCCGAGCCAUUGACCGAUCUGUUGGGCGCAUUCGGAAACAAUCGUCCACUCCAGAGCGCGACAUGGUUUGACAACAAAGGCGCGAGCAACGCGACAACACGAGGGAACGCCUUUGGUGCGGCCGCCAUGACUGGUCAAACUCCUCGUGAACCGACGUUUGGCACUAGAGUGCACAACGGUCCCAUCUUUAGGAAACCGCCGGGCUUCGCCAUGGCAUACCAGGGCCCAACCCAAUCCAUUUUUGGAGCCAAAAGUUGCAACCCAAGUCCCAGCCCAUUCACGCCCCAGCCAGAGCCAAGGAGGAAUCAGACCUCUUUUGGCCCGACCACUGAUGGGGGCAACGGAUCUAGUUUUGAGCAAUCGUUCAGCUUUCCCAAGGCAGAUCAAAGUUCGCCCGAUUCUAUCUUUGGUGGCCGUGUGAGCGGUCAGGCCAAUUUGGGGGGAUCGUUCAGCUUUCCCAAGGCAGAUCAAAGUCCGCCCCAUUCCAUCUUUGGGGCGAGCGGUCAAAAACCCGGCACAUUCAGGCCUCGCGCGGAAGCAAACGGCUUUUCGGAUGCGCAAGCCUUGUUGUCUUUUGGCCUCUCCGCGACUGACGGGAACUUGCC